GCUUGUCAGUAAUAUUGGUUUAGUAUCAUUUAAAACGUAUGAACGUCAUCACAAACGGCUGUGAUUGGUCGAAAAGUGACGCUACUGUAAGCUCAAGUCCCUCGAGUCAGUCAGCUGAGGUCGAAGACACUUUGAAGAGAAUUCAGGGCAUUAAUGGUGUUAUUGGCACAAUCGUCGUUAACGCUGAAGGCAUUCCCAUCAAAACCACCCUAGACAACUCAACAACAGUGCAGUACGCAGGACUGCUGCAUCAGCUGACUAUGAAAGCCCGGAGUACAGUCAGAGACAUUGACCCCCAGAACGACCUGACAUUUCUGCGCAUCAGGUCCAAGAAACACGAGAUCAUGGUGUCGACAGAUAAAGAAUACCUGUUGAUCGUCAUCCAGAACCCAGCUGAAUAGUGUCACGAUGCUAUGUUUCACACAGACACAUGAACCAAAUGUUAUUCUUUAAAGCAUGUACAUUUAUUGUACAUGAAAUGCAUCAAAAAGUUUGGUUGUUCAGUGUGAUUGAUUGCAUGUAAAGUCAUCAAUAAAUAAGUUAAUUGUUUCUUUAUUGUGGAGUAUGGGUCUUUAAGGCCUUUAGUUUUUAAGGUCAUUUUUAGGAAGUGCAAUUCAUAUCAUCUCCACAAGAUGGCAGGAGAUCAAGCAGAUGCUUUGCAUUGCUGCUCAUUUGCUUCUGUGAAAAAUUGCUGGUUUAAUGGGUUGUGACAACGGUGG